AUGGACAAGUUAGACGUUCAGGAGAACGUCCAUGCAUCGCUUACCCCCAUCGUCACUGACGCCGUGUUGGUCCGCGGAGAUUACACGUAUUAUCACUACGGUUGUGACGGCGUAGAUGACAGGGGAUGGGGUUGUGGGUAUCGCACACUUCAGACAAUGUGUUCCUGGAUUAAAAAGCAGAGAGGAGAGAGCAUGCGUGAAGUUCCAUCACUAAGGCAAAUUCAAGAUGCAUUGGUUGCUAUGGACGACAAGCCAGAAUCAUUUGCUGGUUCCAAAAACUGGAUUGGAAGCUUUGAAAUAUGUAUUUGCAUUGAUUAUUUUUAUGAGGUUCCGUGUAGGUUAAUUCACGUAACCUCUGGAGAAAAACUUAUGGAAUAUCUACCAGAUCUUCAGAAGCACUUCCAGGAGAUGGGCUCUGUUAUCAUGAUGGGUAAAGUUUUCACUCCCCUUUGUUAUACACGUUAUACAGUAUAUUGUUUUACAGGUGGGGAUACGGACAAUGCUUCCAAAGGAAUAGUAGGAGUCUCCAUGGAAAAGAAAUCCCUGCUUGUUAUAGAUCCUCAUUUCUACGGGAGUUUUACGUCUGUAACAGAACUCUAUGACAAAGACAUGUCUGGUUACGACCUUAAAGAUGUAUACAUCAAACCAGGCCCAAGGGGAUCCGUAAUAUUUGAAAACCAAGACAUUUUGAAAAUCAUAGAGGUAGCAAAAAGCUUGCCUCCAGUUUGGUCAAAGCAUGCGCACAUGGGUUUCUUUGGAACAUUUACUGGUGAGCAAAGAAUAAACAUCAAACUAGAUGCCAAAGACCCCGAAGGUACAAAUCUCCAUUUCAUGAUAGUAUCUGGUGACCUACCGGAAGGAGUUAGCCUAAACAACGUUACGGGUCACAUAGAAGGAGUAAUUCCGGAUGUGGAAGAAAUUUUCAAAUUUGCAGUUCGUGCUGUUGAUGAACAUGGGAAAUAUGCUGACGCAAUCUUUAAAAUGGAAACUGUUGUGAAGGACCAUUGUCAAACAAAUCCCUGCUUGCAUGGCGGAUCAUGUACAGACACUAAAGGUUGGUUCAACUGUACAUGUAAAAGUGGAUAUGGAGGUCCCAGAUGUGAGUUCUCUUGUGCCUCUCAAGCCUUGGGUGUAAGUGACAGAAACAAGGUACCAGAUGCUCAGAUGUCCGGAUACCUUACCUACAGCUCUUACUUGGAAUCGAAUGGACGAUAUCACGCUUCUGGGUAUGGAUGGGUGGGAUCAAACAGCAACUCGUGGUUACAGGUGGAUCUAGGUAACCUGACUAAAGUGUAUGCAGUAAGGAAUCAGGGCUACAGUUCCACGUACUACAGCCGUGGGUACACUCUCUCUGUCAGCACAGACGGCACUUCAUUCCUAUCCGUAAACAACACUAAUGGAGGAAUACAUACGUUUUAUGCCUCCACAGGAACUUACCAGUACUCACUUCCGGUUCCUAUAGAUGCGCGAUUUGUUCGAUUUCAUCCAACUUCAUAUCACAAUAAACCACAACUAAAAGUAGAACUGUAUGGAUGUCAUUAUCAGUGACAUAGGAUAGGGGAUGA